GACCCCACAGGAACAAAGGGGGAGGUGCUAGCGAGGAGGAAGAUGGCGGGGCUCUCCGUGCGGGAUCCCGCCGUGGACCGGUCCUUGCGCUCCGUUUUUGUGGGGAACAUCCCAUAUGAAGCCACAGAAGAGCAGUUAAAGGACAUUUUCUCAGAGGUUGGGCCUGUCGUCAGUUUCCGAUUGGUGUAUGACCGAGAGACGGGCAAACCAAAAGGCUAUGGCUUUUGUGAAUAUCAAGACCAGGAGACCGCACUCAGUGCCAUGCGGAACCUGAAUGGACGUGAGUUCAGUGGGAGAGCCCUGCGUGUGGACAAUGCAGCCAGUGAGAAGAACAAAGAGGAGCUGAAGAGCUUGGGCACUGGGGCCCCCAUCAUUGAGUCGCCCUACGGAGACCCUGUGAACCCUGAAGAUGCUCCCGAGUCCAUCAGCAGGGCUGUUGCCAGCCUCCCACCGGAGCAGAUGUUUGAACUGAUGAAGCAGAUGAAGCUCUGUGUCCAGAACAGCCCUCAGGAGGCUCGGAGCAUGCUGCUGCAGAACCCUCAGCUCGCCUAUGCCCUGCUGCAGGCCCAGGUGGUGAUGCGGAUUGUGGAUCCGGAGAUCGCUCUGAAAAUCUUGCAUCGGCAGACGACCGUCCCAGCUCUGAUUCCAGGCAGCCUGCAAGCGGGUCCAGGACAAGGGCCUGGGCCUGGGCAAGGUCCCGGGCCUGGGCCUGGGCCCGGACCAGGGCCUGGUCCUGGCCCUGGUCCUGGUCCAAAUGCACAGAUGAACCAGCCAAACGUCCCCUCCUCCCAGCCACAACCAAUACAGGGGGGUAUGCAUGUCAAUGGAGCCCCCCCUAUGAUGCAACCACCCAUGCAGGGAGGAGUGCCAGCCCCAGGGCAAAUGCCAAGCUCUGGCCCUGGCCCUGGCCCCUUGGCUCCUGGAGGUGGCAUGCCAGGAGGUGGUCCAAUGCUCUUGGAACGUGGUCAAGUGCCCAUGCCGGAUCCACGGGCCCCCAUGCAGCGUGGGCCAAUGCCAGCUAGUGGUCCACCACCCCGAGGCCUUCUGGGAGAUGCCCCAAAUGAUCCGCGUGGGGGAACUCUGCUGUCAGUCACUGGAGAAGUGGAACCCAGGGGUUACCUUGGGCCAUCGCACCAGGGGCCUCCUCACCAGGGGCCCCCCAUGCACCACAUGGCUGGUCAUGACAAUCGUGGGCCACCCCCCCACGAAAUGAGAGGUGGGCCAAUGGGAGAACCGAGGCCUUUGAUGGGAGAGCCACGAGGUCCCAUGAUGGACACCCGAGGUGGAAGAGAUCCGAGAGGAAUGGAGCCCCGAGGCAUGGAUGGCAGAGGCAUGGAACCCCGAGGGAUGGAGCCCAGAGGAAUGGAGCCCAGAGUGAUGGAUGCCAGGGGCAUGGAACCCCGAGGGAUGGAGCCCAGAGGAAUGGAGCCCAGAGUGAUGGAAAUGCGGGGCAUGGAGCCCAGAGGAAUGGAGUCUCGUGGGAUGGAGCCCAGAGGCAUGGAACCUCCUCGGGGCAUGGAACCCAGGGGGAUGGAGCCCCCCAGAGGCAUGGAGCCACCCAGGGGAAUGGAGCCACCCAGGGGGAUGGAACCCAGAGGCAUGGACUCAAGGGGCCCUGGUCCCAAUCCAAGGGGUCCAAUGACUGGAGCCAUUCAAGGCCCUGGACCUCUUAGCAUGCCAUCCACUGUCUCGCAGGGGCCUCGACAGGUGCCUAACAUGCCUGCCGCAGCAAUGCAAGCCGGAGGCAUGCCAGGACCAAGCGUACAAGCAGCUGGCCAGCCUGGAGGGUUCAGUCCCGGCCAAAGCCAGGUAACACCCCAGGAUCAUGAAAAGGCUGCACUCAUCAUGCAGGUCCUCCAGCUGACGGCAGACCAGAUAGCUAUGUUGCCUCCAGAGCAAAGGCAGAGCAUCCUGAUUCUGAAAGAGCAGAUACAAAAGUCCACCAGUGCCCCUUGAUCUGCAUUCUCUAGGUUUGGAAAGUUGCCUAAGAUAUGUUGAAAAUGGCGCUGAAGACUACAUCUUUGCCCUUUCUUUACCUGAGCCCAGAGCAGAAGUUUAUCUCAAUUUAUCUUGUUCAGUUCUCCCCCCUCGUUUUGUUUACUUGCAGAUUAAAAACUUGUCCUGGAUUUGAGUGAAAACCCCGUGGCUUUAUUGUACAACUGCAUUGCACUCACUUCAUCAGCCUCUUCUCCCUGUUUCUUGCAGGGCAAAGAUUAGCUUUGGUCUCCACAAAGCCACUCUCUCUCUUUUUUAUAGUGUAUUUAUUGAUUUUCAUAAACUUGGGAAAAUACAAACACAAGAAAAAAUGGAAAUAUGUUGCUCAGGGGGAGAGAAACAACAUAGAUUACAAAAAGACAAGGAGUUGCCAAAAUAUUUUCAUUCCAGAAUAGAUGCUCUGUAGAUGCAUAUGUAUUGAAGGCAGAUGAUAACAUUUCUUUAGUCAUUAUGUAAGAAAUUAAAGUUCAGAUAAUUCUGCA